AUUGUCGUGUCUCCUUAUGUUGUUACGGACACUCUGUCCAUUGAUUAAUAAACACUAAACAGUAAUACACGCUGAGUGUGAUUCUCCCAGAAAGAAAACACAGAGAGAGAAGAGUUAAUUGGAAUCGAAGCGCAAAUGAGGAAGAAGAGGCUUGAAACUCUCCUGAAACUAACAAGGAGUUGUUCACAAAAACCCUUCAUUUUCCUCCCUUUGAAACCACAACCCAUCAAACUCUUAAACCCUUCUCUUUCUUUUCCUCACCAUUUAUUUUCUCUCUCCUCACAACACAAUUUCUCAGCUUUUUCAUCUCAAACUAUUUCUUCUGUUACCACUUUUUCUGGACCUUCUAAUCACACCGAAGAAGAUGACUAUGAAACAGAACAAGAUUUAGUUGUUGAGGAAUGGGAAGAAGAGGGUGACACUGAGCCUGAGAUUGGUGAUGGAGGAGCAGGUGGUGGAAUUGUGCUUCAAAAUGUCCCUUGGGGGGAAAGAGUCCUAUCUAUUGCACGUGAAGUUUUGUUACAGUUUGGCGAUGGCAUAAAAUUGUACUCUUUCAAGACCACUCCUCGUGGCUAUGUCUAUGUCAGACUUGACGAACUUGCUAAUGAGUACGGCUGCCCUAGCAUGGAUUUAAUUGAAAGUUAUAGUCGGGAAUACAAGAAACGUUUGGAGGAGGAAGGAUCUAAGGGAGAGAUACCUAAUGAUCUUGCUCUUGAGGUAUCUUCUCCAGGUGCGGAACGUUUACUAAGAGUACCAGAUGAUCUGCUUCGAUUUAAAGAUUUCCCUAUGGUGGUAUCCUAUGUUGAAGAAACUGAAGCCAAAUGUCAGGAGAAAAGUGGGGUUUUCUUCCUUGAUUCAAUUGAGACAGAAUCAGAGCACUGUGUCUGGAAAUUGGCUGACGUUAGAGGAAAUAGGGAUCCUGCAAGCAAAGGAAGACCGAUGAGCCGUAAAAAGAAAGAUUGGAGAUGGAAGCUUCCAUAUACAAUGCUGAAAAAAGUGACAUUGUACAUUGAGUUUUAAUUGCUAAAACAUUGGAUCAUCUUGCAGUUUUGCCAUGUCUUUCACACCCAAAGCAUGUAGUAGAAAAAAAAUAAUAUUAGAGUUUGCUUCUAUUAGUUGUCAUCAUCAGUUCCCAUCCCAGUAACCUGUGUAAAAUGGUUAAAUUUUGUAGCCGGCCUUUCGAGUUUAGCAACUAAAUCAGAAAAUAACAUAGCACUGGUUUCUUUGUAGUCAAAGUGGAUGAUUAACAUCAUCACCAAAUUUAUGUGAUGAGAAAUUUAUGGCUGUA